AUGACACAACCAAUGGUUGAGCCUACAGAAGCAAUUAGACCAGUGGUCGAUGAAGAAGACGAAGAAGGCAUGUAUGGGCCUAUGCCUGUUGCUAAGCUGGAGGGCAAUGGUAUCACGGGUGGAGAUAUCAAGAAGCUGAUGGAGUUUGGACUCAAUACUGUUGAGGCAAUUGCGUAUACACCAAAGAGAGCUCUUCUAACAAUCAAGGGAAUAUCAGAGGCGAAAGCUGACAAGCUUCUGUUGGAAGCCACCAAGUUUGUUCCAAUGGGCUUCACCACUGCGUCUGAGUUCCACCAUAGAAGAAGCGAGCUGAUUUGUCUCACUACUGGUUCUAAGCAAUUGGACACGCUUUUGGGUGGAGGUAUUGAGACUGGGUCAAUUACGGAGGUUUUUGGAGAGUUCAGAACCGGAAAGUCUCAGCUGUGCCACACUCUGGCAGUCACUUGCCAGUUGCCCAUCGAUAUGGGUGGAGGAGAAGGUAAGUGUCUUUACAUCGAUACAGAGGGUACUUUCAGACCUACCAGAUUGAUAUCUGUAGCCAAAAGGUACGGUCUCGACGAAAGAGAUACCCUCGAUAACGUGGCCUAUGCCAGAGCCUACAACGCAGACCACCAGUUGCAGCUUCUGAACCAAGCUGCCUCCAUGAUGGCGGAAUCACGAUUCAGUCUGUUGAUUGUGGACUCCAUAAUGGCACUCUACAGAACAGAUUUCAGUGGAAGAGGUGAACUUUCAGCCAGACAGAUGCACGUUGCGAAGUUCAUGAGAACCCUGCAACGUCUGGCAGAUGAGUUUGGAAUUGCUGUUCUCAUAACGAACCAAGUUGUGGCACAAGUUGAUGCCGGUGCCAUCUUCAAUCCCGACCCCAAGAAGCCAAUUGGCGGUAACAUUAUUGCCCACUCCUCUACAACCAGACUAAGUUUCAAGAAGGGCAAGGGCGAACAGAGAAUAUGCAAAAUCUACGAUUCUCCAUGCUUGCCCGAGAGCGAAUGUGUGUUCGCAAUCUAUGAGGAUGGUCUGGGUGAUCCAAAGGAUGACGAGUAA